UCUCAGCGACCGUACCCUGUUCUUCUGUUCUCCACCAGAUUCAGCGUCCCCAACAGACAUGGAGUCCAUGCUAAGACGACAAUUAUCUGACAGAUCUCUGCCCGGAGAGACUACCUAUGCCUACAGCGUCACUGGGGGUGCAGGAGGCCAUGGCACCAGGAUCUCCUCCACUACGAUGGGCUCAUGGAGUGGCAGGAGAUACAGUGGCAGUGGGCAUGACUACCACUCUGUGACCGGCACUGGCAACCUGGCCAUCGGGAACGAAAAGGCAACCAUGCAACACCUGAACGACCGUCUGGCAUCCUACCUGGAGACGGUGAAGAAACUUGAGAAGGAAAACCACACUCUGGAGAUCAAGAUCAAGGAGGUCAUUGAUAAGAAAGGCCCGCUGGAGGGGAAGGACUACAGCAAGUACAAUGCCACCAUCACGGAGCUGAGGGCCAAGAUCCUUGACAUGUGCAAGGGCAAUGCACAACUCUCCAUUGCCGUUGACAACGCACGUCUGGCUGCAGAGGACUUCAAAGUCAAGAUGGAGUAUGAGCUGUCAAUGCGACAAACAGUGGAGGCAGAUGUUGCCAGGCUGAGGAAGAUUCUGGAUGAAACCAACGUCCUCCGUAUGCACCUGGAGGGUGAUUUUGAGUCUUUGAAGGAGGAGCUGAUUGUCUUGAAGAAGAACCAUGAGAAGGACAUCACUGAACUUCGCACACAGAUCACACAAGCUGGUGUCUUCGUGGACGUCGACGCCCCUAAAGGUCAAGACCUAGCUAAGAUCAUGGAGGAAAUGAGGGCAAAGUAUGAGAAGAUAGCACUAAAGAACCAGCAGGAAGUGAAAGCAUGGCACGAAUCUCAGAUGACUGAGGUGCAGGUUCAGGUAACCGAAAACACUGUAGCUUUGAAGGAGGCCACAAGUCUGAUGAGUGAAACCAGGAGGAAACAUCAAGCUCUCGAGAUUGAACUUCAGUCCGCAUUAAGUCUGAUAGAAGCUCUGAAGGCCAGCCUGCAGGAUGUUGAGAUGCGUUACAGCAUGGAGUUAGAAAGGUACAAUGGGAUCAUCAUGAGGCUACAGGAAGAGCUGACCAAGAUUCGCAAUGAGAUCCAGCAGAGCGGAAGGGAGUACGAGCUGCUGCUGAACAUUAAGGUGAAACUGGAGGCCGAGAUCGCAGAGUACAGGAGGCUGCUGGAAGGAGGGGGUGAGCUGAAACUGGAGGAUGCCGUCGACAAGAAGAAAGUCCAAACCAAAGUGGUGACCAUCACUCAGACUUUGGUAGAUGGAAAGUUGGUGUCAGAGAACAAAGACGUCAAAUCCGAUGAGAAAAUUGUCAUUAGUUAGAGUGAAAAACAAAGAGGAAGCAAAAAUAAAAAAGUACCAACAAUC